CGAAUUGUCGGUAAUUCCUUUUUCCUAUGCACGUUCCCAUCCACACGCAAUGGUGGUCGUAUCCCGCCACACAAACAUUGCACUGCGGGCAGUGCACACCGUCGGGCGGCUGCCAUAUCUUGCACCGAUCGCAAAACCGGUACUGGCUCGCUCUCUCCGGUGUCUCGUACCCCGGGAUCUCUUGGUCCAAACAAAUCCCUGGAUCCCGACCGGAAACAUCAGCCAAUCGAUAGGUGGCAACCCCGAGAAAGAGAUAGGCGACAACGACCGAGGGCAUUCCCAGCCCGUGUCUGUUGAUUCCUCCGAGGAUUCCGUGCGUCGCCACCAGCAAGAGCAGCCAGACAAACACCGGCCCGAGGGUGUGUGGUCCUAGAACACCCCAGCCGGAAGAUUGGAGGUAUUGUGGGAACAAUAUCCGCAUGUUUCCAACGGUUCGUGUGGAUUUUACCAGUCCGCAGCAGGUGCUAGACUUGCGCAGUAUGCUGUUUUCGUCAACAUCGUCACUCUCACCAUCGAUAUUGAAGCUUUCGAUCUUGGAUUUUGUGCGGCUGGAAGAAUUUCCCGAAUCAACAUCCCUGCUAUUGGGCAAGAGCGAUUCCAUAUCAUCGAAAUCGUCGGAUUCAUCCAAAUUGCUUUCGUCGGUAAAACUUUUCUCCAUUGUGUUCAUUCGGUCAUCGUUCGUUUUGUCGUCGGAAGCAGGCAAAGACGACGAAUCACCUCGUCCCGCCAAAGAUUUCACCGCCGAAUCAUCUAUUUCCUCCUUUUCAACAUUCGUUGUCAUUGUUUACCACAGCCGAUAGCGGUAUCGGUACUCGUAUCCAUGAAGCAAGGAAUUCAAUGUUGUAAUACUUGUCUUCAGUGCGGUUUAGAAUGAAAGCGUGUUCAGUUU